GGGAAGAGGCGCUGGAUGGAGUAGGCCGUGGAGGAAGAUGCAGUGGAGGGAGAGGGGGUGUAUCGCCUGAAGUGAGGGUUUACAGGCAGCAAAUUGAAGAUGAUGUUAGUAUGAGAUAUAUGGCUGUGUUGUAAGAUAUUAUGGCCUCUAAGUGGACAGCUGGGGAUUCUCCAGUGCUAUGCCUGGAUGUCAACCAUGAAGGUCUUGUGGCAUCAGGCGCUGAGGCGGGAUCCUUUACAGUCUGGACUAUCGAAGGUUCCACCGUUGGCCAUCUGAAUCUAGAGGGCGAUGAUGUCACUUGCAUAUCAUUCUCACACACAUGUGAAAACAUAGUCUAUGCAUCUCAUCGUGAAGCAAUAAGUGCAUUGGAUAUUCGAUCUCUUAAGGAGCCCAUUGAGUGCUUCCGUGUGAAUGAGGAUGAAAUAAAUUGCAUUUCUCUAAAUGAAACAGACAGUUAUCUUGCAGCUGCAGAUGAUUCUGGAUCAAUUAAGAUCAUAGACUUAGCUAGCAAGCAAGUCACCCGCAGUCUACAAAAACACUCAAAUAUUUGUUCCUGUGUAACUUUUCGACCUCAGCGGCCACAGAGUCUGCUUUCCUGUGGUUUAGAUAUGCAGGUUAUCCUGUGGAACUUGCAGAAAUCUCAACCCCUCUGGACUGUGAACCUUCAGGAUCUGGCACAAGAGGAAGAAAAAAAUGAGCAGAUAGCUGGGUGCCAGCUUUUUAAUCCACCAUUGGCUCAUUUCACAUCAGUAGCCAGUUGUGGUAAUGUAUUUGCCUGUGGGGCUGAAGAUGGCAAAAUACGUUUAUUCAGAGUAACAGGAGCAAGAUUUGAGUUGGAAAAUGGAUUCCAUGGUCAUAGUUUGGGUGUUUCUCAGGUCCAUUUUCUGAACUCUGUGUCCCAUCCUUAUUGGUUGAUUUCUGGAGGGAAUGAUGCUAAAGUCCUGUUGUGGGAUCUUGGAGAACAAAUCUUGACAGAUGACAAACGACCUUUAAAAUCAUCGAGGCAAAAAUCAAAAGUUGGCUUCACUACUAAGAAAGAACGUAGGUCUAAAGGAGUAGCCAGUGGUGCAAAAGGCAACCAAAAAAAUAAAAGUAAUGAUAUUUUGCCAAAGCUCAGUAUUGAUCAUGGGGAAAAAGUGAAUUGGAUUUCAGCUGUGGAUAUAAAGGGUUCUGAAACAAUACUCAUUGCUGACCAGAGUUGUCAGAUAUCGCUAUACCCUCUGAAAGACCUAUAAGUAUGCAGUCAGUGAAACUACUUGCAUGAAACUGGCAUUGAAUUAGUAAAGGACUUUGUAAUAAGUAAGUAGGUAGAAUUUCAAUAAAUUCUGAGAUAUAUGUGAGGGCCACCUGCAUGUCUUGUACUUCGAUAUGAGUACAGAAAAUUCAGAUGACUUAGAAUAAUUAAAUAACCUGUUAGUCAUAAAUACCCCUUUUUUGUGGAAUUCUGUACAUGAAAAUAGUAUCGAGCUCCUAUAAAGAGGUUGGCAGAUUUUUAUGUGGCUACUUUGCACUGGUAGGAGGCCGUUUUGAUUUGGAAAUACUGAAGAAUAUUAACAUGGGAACUACGGAGUAAAGAGCUGUUGGCAGUUCUGAGAAAAAUUAACCUACUUGAAAUAUGUACAUACAGAAUGUUUACAACACUGAGAAGUGUAACAAGUAAAUCUGGAAGGAUACUGGACUUCAGCAGGAUAUAUUGGGACAUUCACUUUUGAACUUUGCUGGUAUUUGAUAAUAUUUAUGUUAUUAGAUUUUUUUUGCAUCAUUGAUCACAAAAAGUGGUUCAGAAGAGAUUAUUUUCAUAACUGAGUUUAAAACAGCUGUGUGACUGAAAUAUUAAUUCUUGAUAAACUACCAUUUAAAAUCCCUCAAUCCUUCGUGGUUUCAGUCUAAACAUGUUUAUUAAUAAAGGCUGAUAUUCAAAUAAAACAUGGUGAAUUCAUGUUUUUUUCUUUCCAAGGAGAAAAACUGACAUGAUCAGAAGGAAAUAGUUUGAUUUUUAUUUAUGAGAAAAUGUUGGCAUAUCUUGUCAGUUUGGUAACAAUACCACAAAUGACAACAACUUGUAAUUCUCUGUAUAUCCCAAUGUGGACAUACUGGUAGCUGGUGUCAGUGGUUGUCAGGCAACUGACUGCUUCAAUACUGGGGUUAAGGGUGACAGUGGAAACUUAAAUAGAGUGCUCCUUAUUUGCAGGAUUUUCCGGAGAAUCAUGCUCCAGGUAAGAAGAUGUAUGCUUCAACUCAUCUCCUUGACUUUAAAUUUAUUUAUUCCAUUUGUAUUUGACUGUUCCUGUCUUAGAAAUGUCAAGUCUUCUGAGGAUUUGUCCAGCUAAAUCAGACUUGGAGAGAUAUAGCCAGCUGUAAUCUCUAGUGGCAAGCCUUUGCUUUGGCAGUCCCACAUGAUAUGCCCAUUUGAAAAGUCCAAAAAUAUGCUGUACUGAAAAUAAUAAAUAGAAAGACUUCCAUUCUGUUGAUCAUAACAAGUAUAGCACAUGCAAGAAUUUUCAUAAGAAUGUACAGUGAUUUUUGCAGCACAUAGUUGCAGCUGUCAAAGACACUUAAAUGAAUAUUUGUAAUGAUUGUUAUGGAUUUGAAAGAAGAAAGUUUAUUUAGAACAAAUAUGAUCAAUUCUUUUAGUGUUUUCAUCUUUCUGUCAUUGGCCAGAGUUCUAAAAUCUGCAACAUAGGCACAGCAAAAUCGCUCCAGUUUUGCUUCACUUAGCAGAUGAUAAAUGUACCAUCUAUUGGAGCUGUCAAGAUUUGUCGUAUAAUCUGAGCUUUUCAGUAAAAAUAUACUACUGGGACAAUGUUGAUGUUAAAUCAUUUUUCAUAUUUCAUUGGUAGCAUUAUUAAAAUAAUUCAGAUGUAU